GGGGAAGCAGCACCCUCUCAUCUGGCACCCGCUGCGUCCUGCUCCUAGGCACCUGCUCCUACGCUGGAGUCCCUUAACAUCAGCAAAGCCCUAGAAGACCGCAUCCUCGUGGGUGAAGAGAGCCAGAUUUCACAUUGAGCAGCUGCAGACGGAGAAAUCAGAGAAAGCACAACCCAGCCCCAGAUUCCAAGGGGCCUGCUGGGGACUCUCUCCUCCUGCUCUAGAGGGAAAGACCCCGGGGCCACUGUCUCAGGGCAGGUCCUGGCUGCCAUGGGACUUGCAGCUGCCGCCCCCCGGCUGCUCUCCACACUGCCAGGCAGAUAGGGACAGGAGCUGCCCCAGGAGUACCUGCCGCCCCCUGCCGGGCUGCUCUUCUGUGGUCAACCCUUCCCCAGCUUUGGGCCACCUUUGCUGACCUGAGGCCAUGUAGGCCCCACUUGGGCCUUUGUGGAUAGACACACUGCUGGGGAUACCGCCUCUGCUCUCUGGGGGACACGGCGCACCACCAUGCCCCGGGGAUUCGCCUGGCUGCACUAUCUCGGGAUCCUCCUUGGCAUGGCCUUGGGGAACGAGGAUUUGGAGAUGUGGCCCUUGACCCAGAGUGACGAGUGCGCAGUCACCGGCUUUCUUCGGGACAAGCUGCAGUACAGGAACCGCCUUCAGUACAUGAAACACUACUUCCCCAUCAACUACAGGGUCAGCGUGCCUUAUGAGGGGGUGCUCAGAAUGGCCAACAUCACCAGGCUGCAGAGGGCUCGGGUCAGCCAGCAGGAGCUGCGAUAUCUGUGGGUCUGGGUGAGCCUCAGUGCUACUGAGUCGGUGCAGGAAGUGUUGCUAGAGGGCCACCCAUCCUGGAAGUUCCUGGAGGAGGUACAUACGCUGCUGCUGGAUGUCCAGCAAGGCCUCAUGGACUCGGAGGUCAGCCCCAAGGUGGAAGCGGUGGUGUCGCUCCUGAGCGCCCCCAGCCUGAGCCGGAAGUUGGUGCGACCCAAAGCCCUGCUGGACAACUGCUUUCGGGUCAUGGAACUGCUGUACUGCUCUUGCUGUAAACAAAGUUCCGUCCUAAAUUGGCAGGACUGUGAGGUGCCGAGCCCUCAGUCCCACAGCCCGGAGCCCUCAUCGCAGUGUGUAGCUGCCCAGCUGUACCCUCUGCCCCAGCAGCCCCUCAUCUCCCUGCCCCGCUCCCCAGGACCCAACACUGGACCCCCGGCUCAGUGAGGCUGCUGAGGGCACAGGGUAGAGGCCUCCUGCCCCGAGUGGCCUGUGUGGUGACCUGUGUGGGGCAGCUGGAGGUGCUCUCGCAGGAGUUUGGUGGAGCCUGAGACUUGUCUGGAGGGCCGUGGGGGGACCCCCCCAGGUUUUUCCUUUGAGGGGAGAUUCUGUGCCUGAGAAGGGCUCAGCUUCCUGCAUUCUGUACCUCAUGGCCUCACCUGGAGCGGCGGGGGCCCAGCAGCCCCUGACAGUGGACAGAGCUCGUCCCUUCCCUGCACCACCUGGGCUGCCUCGCCUGCCUGAAGGUGGUGCCUGGCGUCUCCUGAGGCCUGAAGAGGCAAGACUUGGGCCAGGUGUGGGGGGUGGGUGAGCAUGGGGACGGGGCCGAGCCAGACACCACAUCUUGCCACAGUGGAUGCUCUUCCAGUCCCUCUUAUAUUUUCUAUUAAACACUUGCUUGUUUUGUUUCGGUUUGUGGUUCAGUUUGCAUCUGCAAAGGUAAACCCCAAGUGCUGGAGGCGGGAGAGAGGGGAGCUAGUCCAGCCCU